AUGCCCGACACGCCCGAGCCGCAUUUCUCCCAUGCUGUCCAGCCUUGUUCUACCAUGUCGCUCCCCUCCUGCAAAUCCGAGUGCAUGACCGGUGACCGACUAAGCGCCGUUCGUGACGACGGAGAUGUGCCACGGGACUUGGGAACGUGGAAUGAUGGUGCGCAGACCACUGCCAUUGAACAUUUGGUCACACUUAAACAGGGGUUGCGAGCAUCUGACACCGAGCUGUUCUGGAAACGGCUUAUGGUGGACAUGACAUCCAUAACCAAAGCUCAGUAUGGGUUCGUUGCCCGGAGGGUGCACGGGAGUGAGCCCAUGGCCGAACUAGGCGGGCGGCGCCCGUCCCUUUUUGGUGCAGCUUUCUACUACAACGAUGGUUACCAGACCGUAGGUUUGCAGCGAAACAGGUUUUUUGCGGGCGGGAACCCCUUACUGCAUAUGGACCACGAACGGCCUUGUUUAAUCCCCGAGAAUCUCAGCUCACUCAUGUCGUUCGGCGAUGAUCAACUACCGUUCGGCGCCGAUGGUUAUUUGGCCAUCCCCUUAUUUUCGGCUGGAAAGUGCCUGGCACAUCUCGGGUUGAUGUGGUCGAGAGAUGGUCUUAGGCAGCGAAACCUGUCCUGGUCCUUCCUGGAGAUGAUUCUCCACUCACUCGAAGACUUGAUUGUACAACGACUAGACCCUGGGAAACAAAUCCUCGAUGAAGUGUUAGAUGAUCCGACGACAAAUACCCCUGAUUUUCACAACCCCCAGACUGCCGCCUUCCAUCAAGCCGCUGAUUUUAACUCACACCCUCUCAAACCGUACGCCCGAAGCCUAUCCCAUGAGCUGAGGACUCCGAUGCAGGGUGUGGUGGGUAUGCUUGACGUUAUGCACGCCACAGUGCGCGAGGCGAUGGAAAGUAAAACUCCUGUGAAAUCGGGUGCGAUUUUCCAGUCUCUCAAGGAGGGGAUCGAGAUGGUUCAAGAUAGCGCGAGACGUGCCGUUGAAGCGGCUGACAACGUCGUUCAUGCAUACGAGCUCAACAUGCAAAUACCCAAAACACCACUCCGGGAGGAGCCCGAUAUACUUGGCGGUCUCACAGUCCCACCUACUAUUCCCGAAACCCGCCCGAGCGUCUUUGUCGAAGGAAAGAAUAUCGCUGUAAAUCCGUACAAACGGCGACAGAGCCUACCACCAGAGAUAAAUACUCGACCAGCACGCAAGCAAAGACUCCGUGCGGCUUCGUCUCGGCAAGAGCUUUCACCCCGCAGCGAAGAAGUCAAGAAUGCUGUCCACGAAAGUGAGCAGAUCGUACAUGCUACCCCAGCUCGCCAGUUCGAAGCUGUAAUGGCUAACAUGGUCGACCCCCGCCCGUCUCUUGCAGUACGACGAUCCGCACCUCACUUACUCCUUGAGGGGAUCAAUGUGAACCGGAGAGGUUCUGCUUUGCGCUUCACCAAACUGCGAGAUCUUCUCCGUUUGGUGAUCAAUGAGUCUCUUCAUGUCGGUGGUCGACCGGAUUUUGCGGUUAGCAAUGCAACCGAGUUUGGUGAAAAGAUUGAGAUUCGGUCGCGGUCCUCGAAUGGUGAAUUGUUCACCAAGGUUGUGGACUGGUCUGUGGACCCAUCAUUGCCGGAAACGCUUCUUGCCGAUGACCGUGAUCUGGCCAAACUGAUUUCAUGCGUCUUUCUCAACGCAAUUAAGUUUACCAACAAUGGCACCAUCACUGUUUGCGCAACCAUUGACCCCAAGAAGAACGAUGUUCUUAUUCUUGUCCGCGAUACCGGCCCGGGAAUUCCCGCUGCGUUCCUACCCAAUCUUUUCAAGCCAUUUGCUCGUGAGGAUGCAUCGACCACAAGAAGCAAAGAUGGCCUGGGUCUUGGUCUCCUUGUGGCCAAGGGUCUUUCACGUAAAAUGGGUGGCGACUUGACUUGUGUGCGAUCGUCGACCUCCGGUCCCACGCGUGGUACAGAAUUUCGAAUUCGAAUUCCCGUGAACCAACGUGAAGCUGAACUCUGCCCUGGCACCCCCAAUGAGACCGUUGCGACGCCAUCUAGCUCUACCACUGACCAAACACGACAGGGCAGUGUCAGCAGUCUUCUCACUGACCCCUCUCCCUCUAGCUCCGCAUUUACUCUCCCCCAAACCUGUCAGCUGCAACAGCCGACACCGUGUACCACCGACGAAAACCUGUCUGAAAGCCCAAAACUCCAGCGGCCAUCAUUACAAACCCGGUUGCAUCGAACUCACAUCUCCGGUGAUGCAUAUGACAAGAAGCUUGGGGAGAAAUAUCCGCUGCGCUUUCUGGUUGCUGAAGACAAUCGAAUCAACCGGCGCGUGUUGGUGAACAUGUUACGCAAACUUGGCUACUGCGAUGUCCUCGAAGCGGCCGAUGGCAAAGAAGCCGUCCAAAUUUUCGAAGACAGUCUCUCUAUGUCAAAGCUCUCCACUGUCCUUGACGUUAGUCCCGACCCAAUGCAAGGCGUCACCAAGGAGCCAUCUCUGGCUACAAAAAUCAAACCGAUCGAUGUUGUCUUGAUGGAUCUUUGGAUGCCUGAAAUGGACGGAUAUGAAGCGACCUCACGAAUUCUCCAAAUGGUCGAUAACCAUCGGGACCAAGGUGCUGCCUUUGAGCAACGCAAGCCCCAAAGCCCUGACACCAUGGAAAUAGAGUCAAUUUCCAGUCUACUUUGUUCGCAAUCACCUCCCAAACCUCCCACCGUUCUUGCUGUGAGUGCCGAUGUUAGCGACGAGGCAUUGAACCGCGCCUCGAGAGUGGGCAUUAAAGGCUAUAUGACGAAACCUUACAAGCUUUCUGACCUUCAACGGUUGAUUCUCGAAUUCUGCGGUGGUACUGGCAACCCUGUUGUCUAA